GUCCAACACUACCAUCUCGCACGUAGCAGCUCAUCAUGUCCGGUCUGCUGGGAAGAGGCGCCGGCUUAGCUGCCCAGCGCAGCUGGAGCAGAACAACAUCGUCACCUGCGCUCCCACGCCGUUGCCUAGCCGUAGCCUCGCCCGGCUCCCUCCCCGGCGCAGCGCAGCAAGAAGUCGAUGGCCCCUUUGUCAAGAUCGUAGAGGUGUCGCCGCGUGAUGGUCUGCAGAACGAGAAAGCGGCUGUGAGCGUCGAGACAAAGGUGGAGCUCAUCCGUCGCUUGCAGGAUGCGGGUGUCUGCGCUAUUGAGGCGGGCAGCUUCGUGAGCCCCAAGUGGGUGCCGCAGAUGGCAGACACGGCUCGCGUCCUCACCUCCAUGCCUCUCAAGUCCGGCAUAUCGUACCCCGUUCUCGUCCCAAAUGCCCGCGGGCUGGACGACCUCCUCUCACUGUUGGACUCGCACCCGAACCAGCCCCUCACCGACGAGAUCGCAAUCUUCACCGCCGCAACAGAGUCCUUCACCCGCAAGAACACCAACGUCUCCAUCACCGAGUCCCUCGACCGCUUGUCCGCUGUAACGCAGAAGGCGAAAGCCAAAGGCCUCAAAGUACGCGGCUACAUCAGCGUCGUUGCUGGCUGCCCUUACGAGGGGGCGGUGGAUGCGAAAGUGGUUGGGGACAUCUCGAACAAGCUGUUUCAAAUGGGAUGCUACGAAGUUUCACUGGGAGACACGGUCGGCGUGGGCAACCCGAGCUCGAUGCUGUCCGUCCUCAACGAGUGCGCCCGCUUCAAUCCGCCGGACUUCUUUGCUGCUCAUUGUCACGACACAUUCGGCACUGGUCUCGCAAAUGUGCUGGCCAUGGUCGGAGCCGGAGUGCGGGUGGUUGACACGGCUGUUGGCGGGCUGGGUGGAUGCCCAUACUCACCGGGUGCGACGGGCAACAUCGAUACAGAGAGUGUCGUAUAUGCGCUGCAUAGCGAAGGAUUCAACACAGGCAUCGAUCUAGUCAAGGCGGCAGAGGCGGGGGAGUGGAUCGCUCAGGCUGUUGGCAAGGGCACCAACAGCUCGGCGGGCAGGGCGCUGCUUGCAAGGCAGAGGAUGGCGGGGAAGCAGCAGGCGCGGGGGUACCACACUCGAACGGGCAGGGCAGCCUCGAGCCCUGCGGAAGGGAUACGCUCUGCCUCCUCCUCGUCAAGAAGAGACGCAUCAGCCGUGACGCACAACCAGCCAGGUCCGACACCCCCACCACCCACCAUCCCCGCGGACUCAUCGCCUCCGCAAGUCCUGCGUCAUCCCAGCGUUCCAGAUCUGGAGAUAGCCCUGCAUCCGACCUCUAUCUCCAUUACCUGCCCCUCACACUCCAUCAACGAAGCCUUCGAGCUCGACCACACGUGGUUGCGUGACGUGUGCCCGGAGGUGGGCUCGUCCAUUCAGGCUGGGACGGGACAGAAGUUGUUCGGGACUACGGACGUGCCGCUGGCCGAGAAUGGAGCAGGUCUGCUGGACCCUGAGCACCCACCGCGAUUUGAGCAGGGAGCAAAUGAGGAGCCGGUUCUGGUCCUGACCUACUCAACAUCAGCACCAGUCCUCAACGCCUUCUCCACUACCUUCUCUCCUUCCCCGCCUCAACCACCAAAGGAGGCCCACGUCUCUCGUGUCCCUUUGCGCACUCUCCUCCUCCAUGCCAGUGAGACCCUCUACCGCAGCGAGUGGCAUCUCGAUCCCGCAGGUGUAGCAGAGCCCUGGGUCGCUGCAGACUUGACCAAGCUGCCUGCCGGCAAGAAAGGAGAGAAGCCCUCUGCGGCAGGGGAGGUACAACCAACGAAGCUGGACGAGGGGCUGGCUCAGUCUAGACCAGCAAUGGUAGACUAUGGCGCCCUCCACCCGCAAGCUCCGCAGGCGCGGCAGGCUCUUUGGAGUCUAGCAAACUCGCUCGUUAGAGACGGCCUCACCUUUGUGCGUGGCUUGCCCACAGACGUCAAGAGCGGCACCUCACUCGAGGGUGAGCGUGUGCCCGAGCUGGCGAAGCUGGCGGAUAUGCUCGGAGAGGUGCGCAACACCUUCUACGGCCCUCUCUGGGAUGUCAGGAGCUUGCCUGCGAAGGAAAGCAGGAAUAUUGCGUACACGAAUGUGGAUUUGGGGUUGCACAUGGACCUCCUCUACUUCCAAAAUCCUCCCCGUUUCCAGUUCCUUCACAUGCUCCGAAACGAUGUGCUCGGCGGCUCAUCAAUCUUCGUCGAUUCCUUCGCCAUAGCUGCGCGCAUCCACGCCGAGUCACCGGAGACGUUCCACCUUCUUACACAGGUGCCCAUCGCAUACCAAUACGACAAUGACGGCAAUUACUAUCGGUACACGCACCCGCUCUUUGAGCUGAGCAGUGCAGGAGGGCAAGGGCACGAGGGUCCGCCGUUGCAUGCUGCGAAUGGGGCAAAGGGGAAUGGGAUGCCUAGACUGGUGGCGGUCAACUACUCGCCCCCCUUCCAGGCUCCGCUACCUCUCGUCGCACACCCGCUGUUGCGCGAUCCUACGACACGCGCCCGCUUCUACUCCGGGCUCAAGCGAUUCGCCGACCUGACGCUCCUCCCGGAGUUCAGGGUGGAGCGUCAGCUCGAAGAGGGGGAGGUGGUCCUCUUUGACAACCGUAGAGUCUUGCACAGCAGGAAGGGAUUCGAGUUUACGGAGACGGGAGGUGAAGGGGAGGAAAAGUACAAGAGAUGGCUGAAGGGUUGCUACGUUGAUGGUGAUGCGAUUUGGAGUCGGUGGAGGGUCGUUGAGAGGGAGAGGAGGGCAAGACUACAGCAAGAAAAGAAGUAGAUAGCCUACUGUACUGCACCUAUGCAACUCAGUCAGGCCUUCGAUGCUG